UAACAGUGUCCUCUCCUUUUCAGCGCACACUCUUCUUCUUCUUCCUCCUCCUUCUUCUCCUCCGAGAGAGUGGAAUUUCUGUAACUCGAAGACCACUAGUGCUGGGUAUUUUUGGAACUAGAGUUCGAUCGCAUCGUAAGUAGCUUAAGUGCCGUGGCUCUUAAGAAAGUGCCUCCGCGUACCUUCUUCACCUACUAUUCUGUGGAGGCGGUAAGGGAAGUGGAGCUGCUUCUGAGUUCCGCUUUUGGUGCGCCGGGAUGGUCGCCAAUUGCUGUGCUUUCUCGUUUUGCGAUGGAGUGGGUUGCAUGUCCACCAUCUAGUGUACACACUUUCUUCGUGUAUCUUGCGCAACUGUGAUCGGUCUCUUUUGGUCGUCAAAUGAGCUUCCCGGAGCUCACGUCGUCUGUAUUCUUUUGGUUUUUUACGUCGCGUCCUUUCAUACUCCACCUUCCUUCGUGUUCAGCUGAAGCUUGGACAGCUCCGAGUUCGGUGAUUGUUUUGUUUUUCUCCGCGGAGGGCGGUGGUGGUGUGCGGCUUGCGCUGGUCGUCGGCCUCUUUCCCGUUCUCGUGACCUGUAUUCGCUGCCCUCCGAAGCGCUGAGAAUGAGCUCCCCGUUCAGCUCCUCUACUCGUCUGUUCCUUUUCCUCGGCUGCGGAUCGAAUCCUGUGCAUAGCUGUAGAGUAUAUGCUUAGCUCAAUAGUGGGGGAAAUUUGAUUGUGUUGGACGAAGGUCAUGUGUUGGUCGAUAGUAGGAGAAGGGACUCGAUCUUAGUCUCGCACUUGCUCUUUGGAGCAAUCGUGGUUCGGUAAGUGGAGCGCAGGGUCGGUUUUCCUCUUCUUUAAAGAUCAAUUGUUUGCGCAGCUGGGGGUGUUAGAGAGGGGCUACUUUCUCUGUAACGGCUCACACGUUCACAGAUGACGCUCUGCAUCUGAGUGUGAGCUACCCUUCACGCUCGGUUAGUCUCCCUCACUGCUGGCCGUGUGGAACUAGCACAAACUCUCACAGCUCGAGUGUUUGUGUAACGGCCAGCAUCUUGCCUCUUGGCCUUCAUCUUGAGGUCAUCGUUAUUUUCAAGGUAGGUGGUCUCAGAUGUUCGCACACGUCUCUUUUACUAGCACGCUAUCCCCUCCCGCACCCUUUCUGCAUGAAAACCCUCUUAACUGAAGUGAGCUCGGUGAAUUCGCAGGCGCACGUGCAUAGCAUGCACCUUCUCUUGAUCAGAAGAGUAGUAAUCUGAGGGCACUUUGUUUGGACUACUUACUUCCAUGUAUACUUGUGAGGGCUAUUACAGCUCAAUUCUCUCUCUCUCUCUCUCUCUCUCGCUCUCUCUCUCGCUCUCUCUCUCUCUCUCUCUCUCUCUCUCUUUCGCUCUCUCUCUCCCUCUCUCGGUUGCAAAUCAACUUCAAUUUGCGAUGUAUGGACAUUGAGCCACUUGAAACAGAUAAGGAAAGGGCAGAACGUGAAAACAUUGAUGUCGUGAAAGCAGAGCUUGGGGAGCUGAUUGAGAGAGAGUCCGGCACUGAGGAUUAUGGUCAUCAGGCUGAGGUCAGCAGUUCUAGAGGCAAUGUGAGUGUCACUAACCAGGAUUCCGAAUCACUCAUUCACGAGGGUUCUUUGGAUCGUCCACUCUCGCGUCCCCGCAGAAGUCACGGUUUGAGGAAGCUGAACACAGCAAAGACGCGGUCUAGUUCCCUUAGUUCUCAGAGAUCAGGGAAGUGUUCUCCCAGUCAGGAUCUCCUGUCUGGAGCUACUCCAGAUUCGAAGGGAACUAGAAAGAGAGGUGAAGAUGCAGAGGAGGUCAGACAGUUCUCUAGCUCGGAGGAAUUGAAUGGUGAUGGUGACAGAGAAAGAGACGGAGACGGAGACGGAGACGAGGUGGAUGGCACAGGGUACAGAUGUGGGAUUUGCAACGAGGACUUUGAGAGUGCAAAAAGCCUGAAUUUGCACAAGAAAUUUCAUCCGCAGUACACAUUGCGACGUAACCCAAAGCGUAGCCGGAAGCUGAUGGACCAGGAGUUUACCGUAGAUGUAGGAGCAGCAGUGCCCGUGCAAGCCUCAGCUCCCACGAAGAAGACGAGCUCCAUGUCAGAGGAGUUUCCAAAGCCCUGCACAGAGUGUGGGAAGGAGUUCUCUUCGUGGAAAGCUUUGUUCGGACACAUGAGAUGCCACCCUGAGCGCGAGUGGCGAGGGAUCCAGCCCCCUUCUGAGAAGAACAAUCCCGGAGGACAAGGCAGCGGCCCACAUGCUGCAGGUGGAGUCGGGAAUCACACCAAUUUUCGGCGGAAGAAGCCAUCCCCAGUCGCCCAGCUCCCCCCGCCACUUGCUCCGCCGCCUGUUGUCACCCAUCCGGAUGAUGUCAACGAGAAGUCUGGGUCUUUCGAUUCACGGAGAGCUUUUGUGGCUGGUAAGGCCUCAGACAACGAGAGUGACACGGAAAGCAUUGAAGCUGCCUACAUGUCAAAUGGCGAUCGCCACACGGUCAUGGGAUGGCAGACCGGCAAGCGGUCGAAGAGAUCUCGUCAAACUCACCGCUCUUUGGAUGCCGUCAACAGUGCAAAGAAGGAGCUCUCCAAUUGCAGAGAUAGUGCUGCGAACAUGGCAGAGUCGAAUGACAUGAUUGAGGCUCUCAUGCUCCUCCAAGCUGCGAACAGGAGCAGAGAAAGGCUUACGGUUACCUCCACGCCCGAAUCACAUGGCAGCAAGUCGAGAAGCAAGUCAAUAACACCUGAGUCUGGACUGGAAGCUGGCACAGAGGAGAUCCUUCAAAGGGAAAGGAAAACGAAGAUGGAAACCGAAGCUGUUAGUCUAUGUGGAGAUACUGAAGAUGGUGCCGAUGAAUUUGACGCAGGGGAACAAGGCAGCUGUGCAAGGUCCAAGUAUGAGUGUGCAACGUGCAAGAGACAAUUCAAGUCGCAUCAAGCUCUCGGGGGGCACCGAGCCAGCCACAAGAAGGUGAAGGGGUGCUUCGCGCGAACGAAUGUGAACGACGGUGGGGCAAACGAGCAGAGUCUGGAGUCAAUGGACGCAGACGACGAGGAGUUCCUCAAAUCAGAGGAGCAAUUCCCCAACGACUUCCAAGAAACCUCGCACAACAGCGAGGAAGACAAGUCCUGCUACCUGACCACAGCCAGGGAUGACGAGGAGGCGCUCUACGCCGCCCGCAAGGCCAAAGCACACGAAUGCUCCAUCUGCCACCGAGUGUUCAACUCAGGGCAAGCUCUAGGAGGCCACAAGCGAUGCCAUUGGGGAGGUUCCGGAAGUGGAAGCCUUGGCGCUAAUGAGGUGAUGAGCGCUAAGCCAGUGCAGGCUGGGCAACAGCAGCAGAGCAGCAGCAGGCCACUGAAGGAGAGUGUGUUGGAUUUGAAUCUACCUGCUCCUGAGUGCGUUGAGGAGGAGGAGAUAGCGCAGCAACAAGAGGGGGAGGCAGGAGCCGCACCCAUGAAUUACAUGCCUGUCCCCAGCUUAAACUUCUUCAACAUCAUAAACAACCCAGGUAGAAGUGCAUAUGGAGAUGCAGUUGGGCAGCAAGGGCAGGGGCAGCAGCAGCAGCAGCAUGCGGCCUUCCUCCAAGGUGAAGAGUCGAGCAGCAACAACCAGGUAGAGAACCGAAUGGAAGGCAUCAACCAGUUCACCAGUUUUGAACGGGCCUGUGGGCCUCUCGACACGAUCACUGCCCACCCAAAGCCUCAUGUGGUGGCGACCAUGGCGUUGGUUCCAGGGCUCACUCCCACCUCUGCCUGACUAGGCAGUUGAAUGGAGCUGCUGCAGCAGCAGCUUUCACUCACGCCUUGGCGCUGCUACUAGCUUGGCUGAAGUUCGUUCCUUCCUUCCCUCUCGCUCUCUUUUUAUUCUCUCGACACUUAACUUUUUUUUAUAUAUUUUUUUGGUUGAUUUCUGUAAUCUUUCAUCGUACACACAACAGAAACCAGCCCCAGUAACUGGGUACCGCUCGAACUACAGGUUUUGUAUAAUUCCAAAAACUCAGAAACACACCUAGUUCCCUAGAAGACACACCUGGAGGGGCUACAAUUCAAAGCUCUCAUAGAUACCUCACAGUUCUCAUCAGGGUAGGAAAAACAAAAAACAAAACAAAACAAAACAAAACGUGAAAAAGGGGGUUUAGUAAUAAGAAUUUUGUUGUUGAAAUGAGCAACAUACAUUGCUGUCACUUAACAUAAAACGUGCCAUUUCCAAUCACUCUGGCCAGUGCUCUCUCUUUCUUCUUCCUUUUUCUCCCCCUCUUUCUUAUGUUCGAAUAUUACCCAUGUAUAAACAGUUGUUGGAAGAGCAUAAUUUCAUGUCA